UAUAAAUAAAAAAUUAUAUUUUUAAAUAUGGUUUUUAACAGUUUGUGGAUAUAAUUUGUUAUAAUUCAGGGUUCACCAUUACUACUUCUACAACAACAACAACAACAACAACAACAACAACAACAACAACUGCUAUCUGAUAACUGUUUAUUAUACCUACUACACUGCUACAUAAUUAAAUAACUUAUAAAAGUGUCUCUAUUAUUUGGAAAUUUACUCCAAUCGUAUAACGAUCCAAUUAACAACCAGAUGAUCACAAGCAAUCAAAAGCGUUAGAAUAUUCAUUCAGUAGUAAACUCAUAUACAGUACAGAAUAAAUAUUACUUAAAGCUUUCAUUAUUAUUUCGGUGUGAAUUACUAAAUAAAUUAACUGUUGAUAAUAACUAUAUGGAAGAUCCAAGUAAAUCAUUCAAAUCAGAAGAUAAUUUGGGCAAUCUCGCUUCAUGGAGUACAAUAACACAAACAACAUCACAAACAAUAACAAAACGUGAUCGAUGGAAAGGAAAAAUUGAUUUUCUCAUAGCAUGUAUGGGAUUUUCUAUUGGUUUGGGUAAUGUGUGGAGAUUUCCCUACUUGUGCUAUAAAAAUGGUGGAGGAGCCUUUCUUCUACCUUACUUCGUCAGUGUGAUCGUUGCGGGUGUACCAUUAUUUCUUCUUGAAGUUGCUUUGGGUCAGUUUAUGUCUAAAGGAGCUAUUGCAGCCUGGGAUAUUUGUCCACUUUUUAGAGGUAUUGGAUGUGCUAGCACUAUGAUAAACUUUUUGGUGAACAGUUAUUACACAGUGAUUCUGGGUUGGGCAUUUCAUUUUAUUUUCGCUUCAUUCAGUAAAGAACUUCCGUGGGCUAAAUGUGGACAUUCCUGGAAUACUAACUCAUGUAUUGAUGCUGUAGUGAGAACAAAUUUAAGCAAUUCAACAUCACUUCUCCGUCAACAUAUAUUUGGAGCUGAUCCUGCUUCAGAGUACUGGGAAAAUCGUGUCUUACGAAUAUCAAAUGGUAUUGAUAAUUUAGGAACAAUUCAAUGGGAUUUAGCAUUAUGCCUUUUAUUAGCUUGGACAAUAAUAUUUUUAGCAAUAUGUAGAGGAAUAAAAACAUCUGGAAAAAUUAUGUAUAUAACUGCAACUACACCAUAUAUAUUCAUGAUUAUAUUACUUAUAAGAACAGCUCAGUUAGAAGGAGCAUUAAAUGGUAUAACGUAUUAUUUAAAACCAGACUGGGAUAAAUUAACAGAUAUGACAGUUUGGUCAGAUGCUGGAACUCAAAUCUUUUUCAGUUAUGCUAUUGGUUUAGGAGCUUUGUCUGCAUUGGGAAGUUAUAAUCGUUAUCAUCAUAAUUCAGUUAGAGAUUGUCUUUUAUUCGCUGGUGCAAAUACAUUUACAAGUUUAUUGGCUGGUUUUGUUAUAUUUGCAACACUUGGCAAUAUGUCUUAUAUAUCCAAUGUCCCAAUACAUUUAAUUGCAGAAUCAGGACCAGGUUUAGCAUUUAUUAUUUAUCCAAAAGCAUUAGGAACAUUGCCUGGUAGUCCUAUUUGGUCAUUUUGUUUUUUUAUUAUGAUUAUACUAUUGGGAAUCGAUAGUAUGUUUGGUGGAGUUGAAGGUUUUGUUGCUGCAAUCUCCGAUUACUUACCUCAAGUGAUAUUAAAUCCAUGGUAUCGAGUUAGUUUUGUUGCAGCCACAUGUAUUAUAUCUUAUGGUAUUGGAUUAUUUAUGGUGACUAAUGGCGGUAUGUACAUAUUUCAAUUAUUUGAUUAUUAUUCGGGUAGUCGUAUAAUUUUAUGUGUUACAUUUUUGGAAUGUAUCGUGAUUGGCUACAUAUAUGGAUGGAGACGGUUUGCAAAUGAUAUGAAGUCAAUGUAUGGCUUUUCGCUUAAAUGGUUUUGUUGUUUAUACCUAUGCAUUAUUACUCCAUUGUUUACAUUUGUUCUGUUUAUCUUCAGUGUAAUUGUAUACGAAGAACUCACAUAUAUGCGAGCUGUCAAACCUGAACCAUAUCACUUUCCGAAGUGGUCUGUGAUAUUAGGUUGGAUGAUGGCCAGUUCAAGUUUGUUCUUCAUUCCAGGUGUCAUGGUGGCAGAGGUUGUAAGAACACCGGGAACAUUUCUAGAAAGAAUAAAAUACCUGUGUACACCUCGUCUUACUCAGCAUCGUUGUUCUUUAACCAGUCCAACUUUAAUUGACCCCGAAAAUUCGGAGAUUCCAGAAAAUAAUCCCAAUGAUCAUUAUGAAGUGAAUUCGUGUACAACAGAAGAGCAAAACAUUGAAGAGGAUAAUUCAGGGAAAACAAAGAAAAAAUUCAAAGUUAGAAAUUUCUGUAGAUCGUGUAUUCGAUAGGAAAUAAAGAUGUUUUUUUAGCAGAAAUAAUAAUAAUGAAUAAUGAUAAUAAUAACAGAUGAAGAAAUUCACAUUCAAUAUGAUUUACAAUCUUUUCAGAUUUUUCAAUUUAUGUAUAUGUCAUCAUUGAUUUUCCUUUUAUUUUUAAUGAAAAACAAUCAUAAUUGCAUAUACAUGCAGUAUCUAAGUGUGUUUAUGUGUACACCAUAAUAUGUGCAUUCCAUAAUAAUCAUGAUUAAUGUUCACUUUAUUCACCCUUUACUAUUGUGCAUCAAAGGUAUUUUCUUAUGCUCUUCUCAAUUGAAGUUUAUUUGUCAAGAUAAAUGUUCAUUUACAUUGAGAUAGAAAAAUGUAGAAGUUUGAAGUGAAUACAAUCACCUGAAAAAAACACAUGAAAGUUAAGGAAAUUAUUUGAUCAACUAAUAAUGAAUCAUUUUUGUUGUCUUUCUAUUACAAUUCCACUUUCUAUCUCCCUUCCUUUAUGUAUCUCUAUUAUUUCUUCCUAACUCCCUCCCUCCUUCCCCCCUCUCUCUCUAUUUUUAAUUCAUAUGGGGAAAAAUGAAUCAUAAAAUGAAAUUAGCGCUCUUAUGUAAUUGUAAUAUUGAUUCAUUAUUUUAAUCCUCAUGUUUUGUACGUUAUUAUGUAAUAGUUUUUUUUGUAAUUUUCAUCUUAGUUAUUUCAGACUAAUAUUUCUUCUUUUCUAAUAGAUAUUUGCCAUGUUUUCCUUUCCCAUGAUUUUUUUUCUCCUUAUAAUUAUUUUACUCAUCAAAAUUAGUUUAAUUACAUAAAUACAUAUUCUCUCUUUGUAGUUAGUGACUAACUCAAUAAUUUUAUAUCAUUAUCUCAUAAUCACUAGCGUUUAUGUAAUUACAUUAUUGAAGAAACAAAAUGACCUACACAAUAAAACAGAUGUUCAUUUAUCAA